GAAUAUGUAAACCAAGUUGUGAAGUGUCUAAUAUGAAUGAACGUGUACUUUUAAUAAUAUUUUGUAUUGGAUAUUAAAUUUAUAAUGGAAUUAAAGUUAGAUAAACUCACGUACUCGACUAUUAUAUGAAUUAAUUAUUUUUCAUUGAAUUAGUGACUGUUUGCUUAAGGUUUUUAUCUAAGGAACUAUAGGAUUCUUUGUAUGACAAUUUGAAAGUGUCACUAAAGAUAGAGAAAAUAAAAGAAUCAUGUCAUUAUAUUUUGAUACUCGUGUUCAAAAUCCUGAGACAGCUUCAAUAAGUACUCAUGCGAUUUGGCACUCGAAUUAUCCUUUACUAGCAGUAGCUGCAUAUUCUCAGGAUAAGGGUGGUUUUGUUACAAUUUACGAUGAUCAAGGAGAACCUGUUCAAGAUGUAGAAUCUCCGAGACACUCUGUGGCUCAGGUGACUGCACUUGGAUGGCAUCCUGAAAGACGAUGGCUUGCAGCAGGAUGGGAAAGCGGGGAAUUAAGGAUAUGGCCUGGUGAUACCGGUAGCAUAGAAUUCAAUGUAAUAGUUACUCCGCAUCGUGAUCCUAUCAAUAUUUUACAAUGGAGUCAACAUGGUGGAAGAUUAGUCUCUGCAGAUACAGGUGGAUCUAUAGUUGGAUGGAAAAUAGACUCCAGAAGUCAAUUAUUAAUGAUGUUUCACCAUGAGUUAAAGGAUGCAUUUGCACAAAUAGUUUUUAAGACUAUUCCAUCAAAACCUGCAAUCGAUAUAAGUGGAUUAGCUAAAGCUGCAGUUGCAGGAGAUGAAAGAGCUUUAGAUAUGUUCAGCUCUUGGCGUCCUAGAACUGCAGCACCAACAUCCAUUUUAAAUCAAAGGGAUAAUCAUGCUUUUUAUCUUGGUACUACAAGUGGAGUAAUAUAUUUCAUUGAUAAUCAAGGACAAUGUACUGAGGUUCUCAAUACAAAUGAUGCUGCAUUGCAGUUUAUGUUGCAUCAUCAGACCAGAGAUUCUGUUAUUAUUAUGACAGAAGGAUUGAAUAUAGGACAUUUUCAGACUGAUCCUAUCACUGGACGACUCACGGAAUUAACAAAUGUGAAACUUAGCAGUAGAUGUGAUAUAUCAAGAGUAAGUCCAGCAUUGUGUUGGGCUGGUGGAAAUACUUUAGCAAUUCUGACAGGAGAUUUAGGCGUUCGUUGUUGGGAUCUGCAUACUGGAGAUACUUAUGUAUUGAGUCCACCAGAUUUAUCCACGGGCAACAUAGCUACUCCUCAAGAAGUCUGCACCAGCAUAUCUUUCUGUAAAACAAAUGGUACUUUGGUUGCUGGAACAAAUUUGGGAACAAUUUAUUUCUGGAAACGUAAAAUCGAAAUGGACAGUGAUGAAAAUGCUUGGCCAAGUGUACCAGAAACAUGUAGCAUCCAUGGUACAGUGAAGCAACUUACAUGGGGUGCGCUCUUCUUGAGAAGCCCGCUUUUAGCAGUCAAUUGUAUCACUAACGUAUUCAUAUUGCACCAACAACCAAUGUGUGCCGUAUAUAAUGACGGCGUUUGUGCCAGUCAAAUUAGUCCUACUCAGAUUUUGAUAGAGAUUGAAAACUUGACUUAUACAUUAAAAACAGAUAUUCAAGUACAGCUUGUUGCUGUUAACAAAGAGUAUAUCGCAGUCUCCUCUGGUAGACACAUUUCAGUUUAUAGGAUUCACAAAGAAAAUUCCUUAAAUGCCACUUGGAUUACAAGCUUCAAUUGUGACACAGAAAAGCUGUUAAUCUGUGACCAUUCUUUGAUUAUUUUAACCCCUGUAGUUAUACAGUUGAGAUCAAUGGAAGGUACAAUUAUUCAGAUGUUGCCCACAUUACCAGAAGAAGGUGAACCGAUUACUAUGGAUUUGACAGGGCAGUAUUUAACGGUCGCAUCACUAAAUGGUAUAUUAAAAAUCUGGGAUUUGAGUAAAAGGGAGGCAAAAUUGCACACUAGAGCAAUGGCUACCUACGAAGCCAUCAGUGAUUUCGCUGAAAUCAUUGAGGCUACGUGCAAUGCCGACUGUCGUUGCGUGUCUAUUACAGUUGCCAUGGCAAAUUUGAUGCCCAGUUCCAUUUUAUACGUGUGGGAUAUCGAAAGCGAUCAAAUACACGAGUUUGAUUUUGCCGAGUCCUACGACAUUGAUGAAGAUGAUACUGCUCUGGCCGUAAAGUGUAGAGGAAGAUUAGUCACUGCACACUGCUGGGACGUUGAAGAUCCUAGACUUCUGGUGUGCCGUGCUCAACGACUAGAGACACGAGAUUCUAAACAAGCGUCCAAACAAACCGGUGAAAAUGAAUUCGACGUCUGCAAAUCUACCGUAGUUUUGGUGUCAAUGUUUGCGACGUCGGAUCAUGGAAUUGUAGUCCAAGACAUAAAGCCAAUAAAAGACGAUAAUUGUAGAGUGUUAGGUGUUCACACUCCGCAUAUAAUCAUUUUGAAUUCCGAGAAGUCGGCGGAGAGGAGUAGUAAAGUUCAAAAACUGCUUAUGAGGGACUUCGAAGAAUUAAGUUCAUGUGAUUCCAUCACGAAGAAAGCUGUAUUGGAUUUUAGCUUCUACAUUAGCAUCGCGAAUAUGGAUGAAGCUUUCAAAGCAAUUAAAUCUAUUAAGAAUGAAGGCAUCUGGAAGAGUCUGGCAAGAAUGUGUGUAAAAACGAAGCAACUAAACAUGGCCCUUUUAUGUUUAGGUCAUAUGAAGCAGGCUAGAGCAGCUAGAGCCCUUAGGGAAGCAAUGCAGAGUGAUAACUUAAAUUUAGAAGCUAAGGUUGGAAUACUAGCUGUAGAAUUAGGUCUUUACAAUGACGCUGAACACCUUUUUCGUGAAGCGAAGAGGCUAGACCUCUUGGGCAAGCUUCUUCAAGCCCGCAACAAAUUCAAAGAAGCUAUAGAGUUAUCGAGUAACGAAAAUAAAAUCUGUGAAAAAACCAGUUGUUAUAAUUAUGCAAAAGCUCUUGAGCAAGAAGGGAACAUUUCAGGAGCUAUUGAAAUGUACACUAAAGCAGAUUGUCACAGGUUUGAGGUACCAAGGAUGCUAUUGGUGAGACCUAGAGAGCUUCUAACAUAUUUGAACAAUUCUGAUGACACAGAAAUAAAAAACUGGCAUGCACAGUAUAUAGAAUCAACAGGUGAUAUGGAAGGAGCUUUGCGUUUGUACGAACAAGCCAAGAAUACUUUAGCAAUGACGAGGCUACUUUGUUAUUUUGGCAGAGAGGAAGAAGUCAGUGAAUUAGUGUCACGAACUAAUCACGCUGCUUCUGCGUAUCACUUAGCAGCACACUAUGAAUCAAACAAUAAUGUAACACAAGCCAUUCAUUUUUAUACUAUUGCUAAGGCUUAUACAAACGCUAUUCGAUUGUGCAAGGAGCAUGAUAUGUACGAAGAACUAUGGCCCCUGGCCGUAUUGGCACCACGACAGUCACAGAUAGAUGUUGCGAAAUAUUAUGAAGACAACGAUCAGCCAGAUAAAGCAGUUUUAUUGUUUCAUAAAGCUGGUUUGCUGCAUAAGGCUCUGGAUAUUGCAUUUAAAACUAAACAGUACAGUGCUUUACAGCUUAUCAUCAUGGAUGUUAAUGCAGACUCAGACCCUGCCCUAAUAUUGAAAUGUGCUGAAUAUUUCGUACAAAAUGAUCAAAUUGAAAAAGCGGUGGAUCUGCUUGCAACAGGAAGGAAGUACAUCGAGGCUUUGGAAUUAAUGCAACAACACAAUAUAUUAUUGACCGAGGAUUUAGCAGAGAAAAUGACGUUAGAUAAGAUUGAUAACGAUGCAGAACGCGAGAAGAUUCGUAUUUCUAUAUUGGAAAGAAUAGGUGAAACGGCUUUCGAGCAAGGGAAUUACCACUUGGCUACUAAGAAAUUCACUCAAGCUGGCAAUAAAUUGAGAGCGAUGAAGGCUUUACUGAAAUCUGGCGACACAGAGAAGAUAUGCUUCUUCGCCCAAGUUUCUAGGCAAAGGGAAAUCUACAUCAUGGCUGGCAAUUAUCUGCAGUCAUUGGAUUGGCAGAAUCAACCGGAAAUACUGAAAAAUAUAAUCAACUUUUACUCUAAAGGGAAAGCGAUGGACUUAUUGGCUAACUUCUACGUCGCUUGCGCCCAAGUGGAGAUAGAUGAAUUUCAAAAUUACGAGAAGGCUCUGGAUGCUUUGAAUCAGGCCAGCAGAUGUCUUGCAAAAGUGACAACACCGAGGGAUCCAAAUAUCCAUAAAAGAGCUGUUGACCUUGUGAACAACAGAGUAGCGACGAUUAGGCGUUAUGUGGAUAUCAAAAAGUUAUUUGACAGAGGCGACACGGCGACUGCAAUGCAACAGGUGCGUCAUUUACUAGAUUCUCAAGGUUCCGAUCUGGAGCAGUCCGUGAGACGUGGUGAUUUGUUCGCCACUAUUACCCAGCACUAUAUCAACAUAGGCGACACUGACAAAGCACGUGCCACUGUAGAGGAAUUAAAACGUUUAGUACCUGGAAUUAACUUAAAUUAUUAUUAUAAUGUGAGCGUGUUAGAGGCACUUGGUUACAAAAUGAAGGUUCAACGACAGGAGAGCUCUGACAAGGAGGAGGACAUCGAGGAACUUUUAGGGGAAUAAUACAUGUAUCUUGUUUCAAUUUUAAACAACGAUCCGUCCAUAAUUGUGAUAGACGUCUUAAUAGAUUAUGCUUUUAAUCAUGUAAGCGAAAGAAAAAUAUAGU